GAUCCUUUGGCGUUCGGCGUGUUCUGUUGGUAAGUUGGUUAGCAAAUUAGUACACAAUUUAACACAAACGUAAGGCACUAGCCACUAAGGCAUACGGAAUUGCGGAAGUCGGAGUGCCGGACACUACAGAGUUUUUUAUUAUUUUGUGUUAAUAUUUUGCGCAUUCGUACUUUAAUAUCAAAAUAUACACUUAUAUUAAUAUUAGGAUGAGUAAAGAACAAGAGAAAAACACGCUCAUGAAUGUGGCUGAGGAUAAAUUACCAAAAGUUGAAAACAAAGAACUAAAUGAAACUGAAAAAGCUAUUGUGAUAAUGCCAAAAGGCAGUAAACAUUUAUUAGCAAAUAAAUGGACAUUUUGGUUCUAUGAACAAAAGAGUACAAUUUGGGAAGAAAAUCUGCAUGAAGUAUCUAGUUUUGAUACUGUUGAAGAUUUUUGGUGCUUAAUUAACCACAUUAAAAGUCCAAGUCAGCUUUCAUCUCAAAGUCAUUACAGCUAUUUUAAAUAUGGAAUUAAACCUAAUUGGGAUGAUGUAAAUAAUAUUGCUGGUGGACGGUGGUUAUUGGAUUUACCACAACAAAAAUUUCAUCUGGUAGAUGAAUACUGGAAAAAAAUAUUAAUGAGUAUGAUUGGUGAAGUGUAUGAGAGUUCUGAAAUUAAUGGAGCUAUAAUUAGUGUACAGAACAAAGGAAUUAAACUAUCAGUAUGGACAAAAAAUGCGUCUAAAGAUAAUAAGAAUAACAUUAUGGCUAUUGGAAAGAAAAUAAAAUACGUUUUGGGCACACAAGAUAUAAAGAUGGUUUAUGAAUCUCUCACGAGAACAGAAAAUAAACGAAGAUCAUCUACAAAACCUAUGUUUAACUUGUAAAUUAUCAAAGUUGAAAAAGAAAUGUUUUAAAAUUUUUAAAAAUAAAAGUGAAAGUUUAUUAAAUUAAGUUUAUUUAAAGUGAGUUAAAUAUAAAAGAAACAAUUAACAGA